AUGGAACCCGCGACGGUAACCGGAGUUAAUUUCCACGCGUUGGAAAACUCCAAACCUCAUCAUACUGAUGAAUACGAUUUAGUUAAAAGCGAAACACCAACUCCAAUUCUCAGAAGAGGAGAAACUUUCCUUAUGAGCAUCAGCUUAAACAGAAAGUAUGAUCCCGAACACGAUGUCAUUCGCAUUAGUUUCGGCUUUGGGGAAAAACCGAACGCUGUGUUGGGAACGAAAGCUGUUCGUCCUGUUAUGCCGCACUUGAAACACUUUCCCAAAGAUCCACAUCUAUGGGGUGUCAUGUUGAAAGAAAAUAAUGGCGAGACGGUGCUUCUCAAUGUUAGAAUACCACCGCACGUACAAAUUGGAAUUUGGGCCUGUAAUAUCAUUACAACGAUUUCCGGACAGAAGGGCGUUCGAAAGGAUUACAAGGUUGAAGAUGAUGUGUACAUUAUUUUUAAUCCCUGGUGUCCCGAAGAUGGAGUCUACAUGGAAGACGAGAAAGAACGACAGGAAUACGUGAUGAACGAAAACGGAAAAAUCUGGACCGGAACGUUCAAAAAACCCAAAGGAAAGCACUGGAUUUUCGGUCAAUUCGACGAAGUAUCCCUACCAACAGCCAUUUUCCUUCUCGAAAAAUCAGGUCUAAGCACCUCCCAAAGGGGCAACCCAGUGAUGGUUUCCAGAGCCAUAUCAGCAAUGAUAAACUCUGUAGACGACGGGGGACUGCUCGAAGGGAAAUGGGACGGGGACUAUUCGGACGGAACGUCCCCGUUUUCCUGGACAGGAUCGACGGCUAUCCUCGAGCAAUAUUUAACCACCGGCGGGGCUCCGGUGAAAUACGGCCAAUGCUGGGUGUACUCCGCCACAACCGUCACAGUUUGCCGAGCGAUCGGCCUUCCGUGCCGAUCCACCACUAAUUACGUCUCCGCUCACGACACCAACAGCUCAUUAACCGUGGAUAAGUAUUUCGAUGUAUUCGGCGAGAAGAUCGAAAACGGCCCCGACGGCGCCUGCAGCGAUUCCUGCUGGAACUUCCACGUCUGGAACGACGUCUGGAUGGCGCGACCCGAUCUGUCGCCCGGCUACGGCGGCUGGCAGGUGAUCGACGCCACGCCGCAGGAGUUGAGCGACAACUCCAUGAGAUGCGGCCCGGCGUCGGUGGUGGCCGUCAAGAAGGGAGAAGUGGGCUUUUUGUACGACACCCCGUUCGUGUUUUCGGAGGUAAACGCCGACAUCAUUCACUUCCAAGAAGACGAGGCGUCCGAUUGGGGGUUCAGCAGGACCUCGGUGAACCAGUACACUGUUGGAAGAACGAUUGUAACCAAGAAAGUCGGCCCAACAGACGACGAUGAUGAUAAAGACAUGGAAGACAUAACUCAUUUGUAUAAAAACCAGGAAGGGUCGGAAUUGGAGCGUCUUGCAGUUUUUAACGCGGUACGUGGAGUACCGAAAGCUCAGCACAUAUACGAUCUACCUAACAAAGGUAACGAAGACGUGGAAUUCGAUCUGGUCGAUAUCGAUUCUGUUGCGUUGGGAGACAAAUUCACCGCGCUCGUUAGAAUUGAGAACAAAUCCGCUGAAGAAAGAACAAUCAAGGUGGUACUCUCAGUAUCUGCGGUACAUUACAUGGGAACUACUGCGAACGAAAUCAAGAAAUCGAAGGGUUCCAUCAAGUUGAAACCUGGUCAGAAGGAGACGGUUAGAUUGGAAGUACCGCCGGAGAGUUACCUCGAUAAAUUGGUGGAUCACUACUUUGUGAAAAUGUAUUGCGUUGCUAAUGUUACAGAAACGAAGCAAACGUGGAGCGAGGAAGAUGAUUUCACUCUUACUCUUCCUGAGGUUCAAAUAGUCGCGCCGAAAACCGCCAAAGCUGGGGAAAAAUGUCUCGUCAAAUUUAGCUUCAAAAAUCCACUUAACAUGCCCUUAACGGACUGUUCGUACACUGUCGAAGGACCUGGUGUGAGCAAAGCAAAAGAAAUAAAAUUCAGAGACGUAAAACCUAAGGAAUUGGUCUCCAUAUCCGAAAGUUUCGUUGCUAAAAAACCUGGAGACAAGAAGAUUAUCGUCAACUUCAAUUCGAAGCAAGUGCACAAUAUCCAUGGAACAUCUAACAUAACUAUCGUGUAA